GCGGCCAUGUUGAAUUGCUGAGAUUCUAAAAGAGGAGACAAAAGAGUCAUAACUCGGUGGAGUUCUCGAAACAGCGAGUAUUUUCCAAACUUAAUUAAACUGUCGAUAUAACUUUAAGCAACGGCACAACGGGGAAGGCUUUGGGUGGAUGUAGCGUCUGUCUCCGACUGGGUAACCUGGAUGUUUUGUUGAUCGGCAAUUUCUGAAGCACUUUGCAGACUGCCACCUCAACCUUUACUGCAGAAGUAAACUGGAACAAGAUUAUCACAGACAUUUAAAGUGGACUUUCCAUGUUUAAGCACAGAUUGCUUUUUUUGAGCCAGUAUUAAGCCCCAGCAAAGAUGUUUUGAAGACAUUUGGUGUCAGAGGAACAAAUCACAAGGAUAAUCUGAGACAUGACCAAGCAGAUCAUAUUUUGCUACUUACCAUUUUGAAUGUAUACGCACAGCACUUGGACAUAAAAAGCCAAGAUACUUGAAGAACAUAGAAAAGAAAAUUCUGGAUCAUCGUUGCAGCAAGGAUAAGAGUUUGUUUUGGUCACACAUUUGAUUUAUUUAUUCAUAUGAAUGUAAAUUUCUCCCUUUUUUGGAGAGUUGGCAUGUAAAUAGACAUAAUUCAUACAUAGGCCUCUUCUUUUCAAGAGGUCUGAAUGUCAGAUUGUGUACACAAUACAUUCUUUAAAAAGGAAAGAUUUGAGGAAAAUAUUUUAUUUUUUCAUCUUUUAGUUUUCUUUUUUACACACCGGUGCAUUAAGCAAAACAGAUCAGUGAAAAAGAGGCAAAUAUAACAGUCUGAGGAAUAUUGCCACUUAAGUUGUUGAACCCAUGGCUACAGCAAGAACAGCAAACCCAGCAACAAUGAUUGGAUUAAACAAACCUGCAAAUGGGCAGUUCAGAGGACAGGCAAAGCCAGCUGGACAACAGUCACUACUCCUUUCAAGUGCCCAACAACCCAGUGCCCCCCAGAAAUGGACCAGUAUUCCUCAGAGCAGUGGGGGCAUCAAGUUUGGCGAUGACUGGAAGAAGUGCCUGGAGCUUCCUCCAAAAGACAACAGGAUGAAAACUUCGGAUGUGACGUCAACAAAGGGAAAUGAAUUUGAAGACUACUGUCUAAAGCGGGAACUUCUAAUGGGAAUCUUUGAAAUGGGAUGGGAGAAACCCUCUCCAAUCCAGGAGGAAAGCAUCCCCAUCGCUCUGUCGGGCAGAGAUAUUUUGGCUCGGGCGAAGAAUGGCACUGGAAAAAGUGGAGCGUACCUCAUCCCUCUUCUGGAGAGGAUAGACCUGAAGAAGGAUCACAUCCAGGCUAUAGUAAUGGUGCCAACAAGAGAGUUGGCCCUGCAGGUGAGCCAGAUCAGCAUUCAGCUCAGCAAGCACCUAGGAGGAGUCAAGGUCAUGGCUACCACGGGUGGCACCAACUUGAGGGAUGACAUCAUGCGUCUUGAUGAGACGGUGCAUGUAGUCAUUGCUACUCCAGGCAGGAUACUAGACCUGAUGAAGAAGGGUGUGGCAAAAAUGGAUAAGGCCCAAAUGAUGGUCAUGGACGAGGCAGAUAAGCUGCUGUCCCAGGACUUUGUGGUCCUGAUUGAAGAAAUUAUCAGCUUCUUGCCAAAGGGUCGUCAGAUCUUGCUUUACUCUGCCACUUUCCCCAUCAGUGUGCAAACAUUCAUGAACAAGCACCUGCAGAAGCCUUAUGAGAUCAACCUGAUGGAGGAACUGACUUUGAAGGGAAUCACUCAGUACUAUGCCUACGUGACUGAAAGACAGAAGGUCCACUGUCUCAACACACUCUUUUCUAGGCUUCAGAUCAAUCAGUCAAUCAUCUUCUGUAACUCCACCCAGAGGGUUGAGCUUCUGGCCAAGAAAAUCACCCAGUUGGGCUAUUCGUGCUUCUACAUUCACGCAAAGAUGAUGCAGGAAUACAGGAACCGUGUGUUCCAUGACUUCAGGAAUGGAUUGUGCAGAAACCUGGUCUGCACAGACCUAUUCACUCGGGGAAUUGACAUCCAGGCAGUAAAUGUGGUCAUUAAUUUUGACUUCCCCAAAAGUGCAGAGACCUACCUCCACCGCAUUGGCAGAUCAGGGCGUUUUGGUCACCUGGGUCUGGCCAUCAAUCUGAUAACUUCAGAGGACCGCUACAACCUGAAGAAUAUUGAGGAUCAACUGGUUACUGACAUUAAGCCCAUCCCUGGAAGCAUUGAUAAGAGCCUAUACGUGGCAGAGUUUCACUCAGUUGACCCAGAUGAUGAUGAUGAUGAUGGGAACAAUGGAAACGAAGAACUGGAAGCAGCCUGAAUGAAUGGAGAAUCAUGACGCCUGGCAUUCAUCACACAAUAUUAGCAGCGCAGGACACAAGACUCCAAUGAAGAUUUCUGUUCCCCACUUUGCCACCAAAAUGGUCUAUUUUACAUUUGUUUUCAUUUCCAGUUUUUACAGCAGUCUGUAUGUGCAUAAGCUAGUAGAGUGUUAUUUACCCCACAGAAAACCACCACUUAAACCACAUUAAAUUACUGCCACACUGCUAGAAAUGGUCACCGCAAGUGUGAUUUGGGCUAUUGGUCAAGUUGUUGAACUCACCCGCUUUCGACAAUAGAUGAACGUUGUUAGCUUUUCUUUUUUUACCUUGCUGUAACAAUGAAAAUGUGAAACCAAAGAUAGACUUGGAGGAUAGAGACCAGCUUGCAUGCUUGCUGUGCAGAUGAACUACAUAUGACUAUGUUCACAUCCGGCUGACAUGCCUUUUCAGCAGAUGCGUUAAAGGAAAACAUAUCUACACUCAGUGGCUACUUUAAUUGAUAAACUUUUUUGUACUGAAUCAGACCUCUCUUCUGCCUUGCCCCCAAAACAGCCUGAAUUCCCUCAUGGAAUUGAUUUUAACAAGGUGCUGGAAACAUUCCUAACUGGUUCAUGUUAACGUGAUAGCCUCAUGCCGUUGCUGCAGAUUUAUCAGCUGCCACUUCAUGCUGUGGAUUUUGUGUUUAACCUCAUCUCAAAGUUGCUAUGUUGGACAGAGAUCUGGUAGCCAUGGAGAACAUUGUAGGGGAGUCAGUCAUGUUUGAGAUGACGUGUGCUCUGUGAUGGGACAUGGUAUCCUGCAAAGAAAUGACUGUGGCUAUAAAGGGAUGCACAGCAGUACUCAGGCUCUGGCAUUUACACAAUGAUCAGUUAAUGUUAAAUGACCAAAAGUGUGCCAAAAAGAUAUUCUUAAAAUAUUUAAACUGCCACCACUACCAUUUUUCCAGUUAACUGCUGUGCAGUUUUAAGGAGCCUGUAUCACCUUUCCCCAGUUGUCUUUGCACACCUCUGCUGUACCCAAUAAUGUGCCCACUAAGUGUAGUUAUUUUUUAAGCUUUGGCCAUCGUUCCUGUUGGUUAUAAAAAACAUUUUGGCCACAAACUUUAUUGCAGAGAAUAUAGAUUGCUUUAGAAACAAAUGUGACCAAUUUGCUCUGAACAAUAUUUUAAAGAGGGCUGCUGUGGUGCUCUGGCACAGACUACAAAAAAAAAAGGUGUUGCUGACAAUGAACUUGCUAGGGGGGGUGGUGGUGGUAUAUGAGUGUAAUGUCAGAGACACAGAUGCAAAAAACAAUAAGUCAGUUUUUGUGAAAUUCCCUUUCAUCCCUUUAAAGCCAUAGCAAUGGGCAGCGUUUUCUCAGGUCUUGAGGUUCUCAGUCAUUAACAUGACAGGAUGAGAGGGGCUUAGUUAAGAUUAUGUUGAAACCGGCCAACUUGUUCUGUCAUCUUAAUGUAGUUUCUAUGUCACAUCUUCCUCCAAGUGCCUUAGUCUGACGUCAGACCUCUACUUUGCCAAGGCCCUUGUUCCAACUUUGUGGUUUAGGUAAAAUGGCAAACAAUCCAUUGUUAGGUAACCUGUUUUGAAAGCACAGUUACCGUCAGAAAGGAAUUGCACUUUUUCCUUAUUUGUAACAAAUGCAUUUCUUAUAACAAAUUGUAAAUAUGACCAGCUAAAACUGCUCUUGUCUGAAUGUAUUACAGCCUUGUUGACUUCAGCACAAUGUCACAAAAGAUGUGUAUCUCAAAUUUAAAACAUUAACACUGUGAAAUUUCCAGCCAACUUUUUUUUGUUUCUUUAGCUGACCAAUACAUUACUGUCUAGCACCACCAGGGAAAGGAAUCAUUGUGUGUGUUUGCUCUCUUCUGAAGCAUCUAUAGUAGUAAUUAGGUCUGACUCAGGAGUGCCCUUUUUGAUGAUAGAUUUUGGUUCCCCAAUUCUUUAGCUUCAGUGCAGGCAACACUUCAAUCAAUGCAUGUCAUGUGAUAGAAAAAAAAAAAAACAUUUGGAGCAUUUUCUGAGUGAGUUGGUGACUUGAGACUAUUUUGUCCCAUCACAGUAUUCUGGAGAAAGAAAUGCCUUCAUGACUUGAUGACCAGAUUCUCUGUUGAGCAGAAAGACAGACAGGCAAGAAUUUUCUGUGUGUGUUAAUGCCAGCGCCACAAUCAAAUUAAAGUCCAACUGCCUAACUA